AGUCUCAUGCUCUGACCUGCUCGUCCAGUUAAUACUACUGCUAGCUGUUGUUGUUUGUUUUGACAGGAUGGGGAGGAAAGUGACAUUAGCGACUUGUUCUCUGAACCAAUGGGCUUUAGAUUUUGAUGGCAAUUUACAAAGAAUACUAAAAAGUAUUGUGACAGCAAAAUCUAAAGGUGCCAAGUACAGACUGGGACCAGAACUGGAAAUCUGUGGCUACGGAUGUGCUGAUCACUUCUAUGAAUCCGACACACUUCUGCACUGCUUCCAAGUCCUCAAGGCGCUGCUGGAGUCCCCUGAGACGCAGGAUAUAAUCUGCGAUGUUGGCAUGCCUGUUAUGCAUCACAAUGUUCGCUAUAAUUGCAGAGUCCUGUUCCUGAACAAGAAGAUUUUACUGAUCCGGCCUAAAAUGCUUUUGGCAAAUUAUGGCAACAACAGAGAAUUUCGCUGGUUUUCUCCUUGGAGUAAGCCCAGAUGUGUUGAAGAGUACUUUUUGCCAAGAAUGAUCCAGGAUGUGACAGAACAGGUGACAGUUCCAUUUGGCGACGCAGUCCUGUCCACUAAGGACACGUGUAUAGGGAGUGAGGUCUGUGCUGAACUGUGGAACCCCAGGAGUCCUCAUGUGGACAUGGGUUUGGAUGGCAUUGAGAUCUUUACGAACUCGUCUGCCAGCUAUCAUGAGCUACGCAAAGCUGACCAGAGGGUGAACUUGGUCAAGUCAGCCACCACAAAGAGUGGAGGGAUCUAUCUGAUGGCUAAUCAGAAAGGCUGUGAUGGAGAUCGUCUGUACUAUGAUGGCUGCGCUAUGAUUGCCAUCAACGGAGACAUCGUCGCUCAGGGGGCACAGUUUUCACUUGAUGAUGUGGAAGUUCUCACAGCCACUCUCGACCUCGAGGAUGUACGCAGCUACAGAGGAGAGAGAUGUCACCCGCACGUCGAUUACGAGCACAAACCAUACGAAAGGAUCAAGGUAGAAUUUUCAUUGUCUGACAGCGGAGACACCUUCUUGCCCACUCACCAGCCUGUCGACUGGAUCUUUCACACUCCUGAGGAGGAGAUUAGUCUUGGUCCUGCAUGCUGGCUAUGGGACUAUUUAAGGAGGAGUGGUCAGGCUGGCUUCCUGCUUCCUCUCAGUGGUGGAGUUGACAGCGCCUCCUCCGCCUGCAUUGUCUACUCCAUGUGUGUACUCGUCUGUCAGGCAGUCAAAGAUGGCAAUGCUCGGGUGUUGGAAGAUGUCCAGCAGGUGGUGAGGUCUGCCUCCUACAGGCCUGAAGACCCUCGAGAGUUGUGUGGACGCCUCUUCACCACCUGUUACAUGGGAAGUGAAAAUUCUUCAGAGGACACUAACAACCGAGCGAAAGAGUUGGCUGCUCAAAUCGGCAGCAAUCAUCUCAACAUCAACAUUGACACGGCAGUGAAAGGCUUGCUGGGAAUCUUCUCCAUGGUGAUGGGCAAGUGGCCUAAUUUUCGGGCAAAUGGAGGGAGCAGCAGAGAGAACCUGGCUCUGCAGAAUGUACAGGCUCGUGUCAGGAUGGUUUUGGCUUACCUCUUUGCCCAGCUGUAUCUGUGGGCUCAAGGGAAACCUGGAGGUCUGCUCAUGCUUGGCUCAGCCAACAUGGAUGAGAGUUUGACUGGCUACUUCACUAAAUACGACUGCUCCAGUGCCGAUAUAAAUCCCAUCGGAGGUGUUAGUAAGAUGGAUCUGAAGAACUUCCUGCUUUACUGUUCUGAGCACUUUCAGUUCUCAGCUCUUAAAAGCAUCUUGGCUGCUCCUCCCACUGCAGAGCUCGAACCCUUGACCGACGGCCAGGUGUCUCAGACCGAUGAGGCCGAUAUGGAGAUGACCUAUUCAGAGCUAUCAGUGAUCGGAAAACUUCGAAAGCUGUCCAAGUGCGGCCCAUACAGCAUGUUCUGCAAGCUCAUUCACUCAUGGAAAGAAAGCUGUUCCCCUUCACAGGUGGCUACAAAAGUGAAGCAUUUCUUCCGGAUGUAUUCAGCCAACAGGCACAAGAUGACUACAAUGACCCCAUCGUACCACGCUGAGAACUACAGCCCAGACGACAACCGCUUUGACCUCCGUCCCUUCCUCUACAACACACGCUGGACUUGGCAGUUCCGCUGCAUUGAUGAUGAGAUUUCCUUAAUGGAGGCUGGAUAUGCAGAAUGCAUAUGAGGUCCUUGUGUUCUUCACAAUUAUUUUAAGAUUCUGAUUUUAUUUCUAUUGCUAUGUCAAAUAAUAUCCUGUUGAAUGCACCAUGUAUUAGCUGUUCAUUAGUGCCACUUAAUGUUGGAGUUUACUCAUAUAUUACUGUACCAUUACCUCCAAUUAUUGGAUGUGUUCUAGCAAAAAGGGAAAAACACUAAAUAUUUCAGAAAGAAGUGGUUUACUUUGACGCAGAUGAUUUACAUUGUAUAGCCGUUUUACAUUACAUUAAUGGCAUUUAGCAGAAACUCUUAUCCAGAGCGACGUGCAACAUACCCAGAACAGCCUGGGGAGCAGUUGGAGUUAGGUGCCUUGCUCAAGGGCACUUCAGCCAUUCCUGCUGGUCUAGGCAAUUGAACUGCUGACCUUUUGGUCCCAAAGCUGCUUCUCUAACCAUUAGGCCAUGGCUUCCCCAUGGUUCACGGUUGCCAGUUAUAAUGUUCUAACUCAAAUACUGGACCGAUUUCAAUCAUAUUUGUCCCUAGUAAAUAUUUGGACUCAAAGAAAUGGGGCCCAGGUUUAAAAAUUCCAAUGUUUUCCUUUAAAUGUAACGAUGAAAUGUAUCACGUCAUUCUUUAACUCUUUUACCCAGAAUUUCCAUCUGUUCUGAGAGUGACCAUUAAAUUUAUUUGUGAUGUCACACUUCAUAGUAAUGUUGAAUGGCUCAUACGAAAGUAGUCACUAAGAGCACUCAAUUUGCAGUUUUUCAUAUGUGUUUCUUUUUUUUUUAAAUUUACCCUCGCCUACAAGGUUUAAAGUGAGACGGCCUUUCGAUUUCAUAAAAUCGAUGAAAUUUAGUUCCCUCUGAAAUUGGGUCAUUGUGAUAUGUUUAUUUCUGUAAUAUGUCAAAAACAGACCAUUCUGUAGCUGGGAAGUUAUUUAAUUUGAGAGGAUUCCUGAGCAAAUAAUGUGCAUGAAAUCGCUCACUUCGCGCAGUCAAGUGGACAGAGGAAGUCCGUGUGCGCAUGCGCAGGUUUACCUGAUUCUUCUUCUUUUCCUUCUCCUUUUGGGUUUUACAGCAGCUGGCAUCCAGUGGUGCAUUACUGCAAUUUACAAGUUUACCUUUGACCGUGCACUGACAGUUACAUCAUUCUGUUGCUAAACGAACAGCUGAUCACACCAGGGUGUUCGCUGACUGUCGAAUAUUUAUUAGUUUGGUCCUGUGUUGCCUUUCCUUUGCAACACAACGUCUUUUCUUCCUGUUUUCCAUUACUGUAGUCAGUCUUCCACGUUUCAUUCGUAUUCUCGAUUUUCCUCUCCUGUUUCAAAUUUGUAUCCCACAAUGCCUUGUGCGAACGAGGAAAGCCCACCACGUGAUGCAUGACGUAGUAUCUUGAAUUGGGUCAUGGUGAAGCAGGAAAAAAUGGCGUAGAAUUUAGGGUCACCUGGCCCUAAAUUCAUUAAUUGUUCCAUUUUAAAAAAGAAUUCAUUAAAUUGGAAGUCUUUGAUUUGAAUUAAGUAGCUUUCAGUCCACUAAACAAAAAUAAUUGUGUGUCAGGGAAGAUUCUUUUUAUGACCUAAACCUGAAAAAUAUGAAAGGCAGUCUACCUUUUAAAUAUUAUAAUUUUCUUGUUUUUUUUUUUUUUUUUUUACUAUCAAAAAGCUUUAGUUCUGCUGUCUGUUUUUAUCUCCUGUACCAAUGUUAUUGUGGAGAGGACUCAAACCCCUCCCCUUUCCCAUAACCCUUGUUUGGUAAAUCUUUGGAAAAAUCUCUCUUAGGAUGGGUUCUAUUGUGAAGUGCUGUUUCAUAAAAGAUACGAAAAAAAAAUCUCCAAGCAAUUUCUUUCUUUGAUAAUAGUUGACUGAAAUUCUUUCAAUCAUAUAAACGACAAGCCAUUUAUUCAAAAUACAAAAUGGAGUACUCUUAGCUCACAAAACAAGACAGAUACACCUGGGAAGAUCUUCUUGGAGAUGUUCGCUGGAUGGUUCUUUUGUAAGACCUUUAUUGAUUGAUUGUCAAGUUCAUCUUACAGCCAUGAACAAUCCAAUCCUUUAGAUCCAACUUUUUACCUUUUUUGGGGGGGGAAAGUACUCCUACAUUUACUGCCCAUGUAACCAAGCAUUCACACAAAUAAGUGUGUAUGGAUGCAGAGGUUCUGCAGGAACCCAAGGCAUCUCAGGAGCCUGCUCCUAGACAAAGGAGUGUGUGUGAAAGGUACCCCGAAUCACAUCUGGUUAUAAUUACUUCGAUUCAAAACAUACUAAGGGAGAGAGAAAAACCAGCAUGUCGUAUCAACAUCUCAUUAACAAUUAACUUCAUAUACCAUAUCCAGUAAUCAAUUAAUUACACAAAAGAAAAGAAACAUCCAUUUUAUGAAACCACUUCAUCCUGCUCAUCAGCAGCGAAACACAGAGUCACGGUACUCUACACACAGAAACCCUACAGUCUCCGGACUACUCUUAUAAGAGACUUGUGGCAGUAAAAUAAUUCUGAUUGAAAGUGUCUAACAAGUCGACAUGAGGGUUUAGAAAUCUCCAGUGUACUGUGAGAAGGGUUAAUUCAGAAAAAAAUAUAAUCACUGGCAAAUUACUCUGGUACGAGAGGAAUAAAACAUUUUGGGACUUGCUGUUAAUAAAAUAAUUAACAAUCAUCUACAGCUUUGUGUCUGGUUACAUCACAUCACCCAGUUGAUUCCCCCCCCCCCCCAAUAACAGCGUACCUGGUCAUGUUUUAUUCCUUACUUUAGUUCCACUUGUAAGUAAUGAACCAAUUAACUGCAGUUUAGAAAUGAAUAAUUUAAGAAUAUUAUCUAAAUUUGAAGCAAGGCUAUGAAAAUUUGGGCAUGUACUGUAUGUAUGGGAAAAAAAAUCCUUCCUUUAAUUUUUAACUACUUUAUUGUAUAGCUCAGUGUUCGACUGUACUGCAGACAGCAUGUGGCAGCCCAUCAGUCCACAUGUGUGACUGCCUUAUCCUUUCCUGAGGGAAAAAGGCCGGUGACUGCAUAGGAAGUUUUUCGUUCCGGAGCUGAGUUGUCUUUCCCAUGUCACAUAGUCCUGUUCCCAUUACACAUACAGAAACAUUGAUUCAGGAGUCUCAUCUGUGUCAAAGCAUACGCUUUGACGUGUAUCACACAUUAAUAUAGUCAAGUGUUUGUCUUUUGCGCAUGCUCCAGCAUAUAGCAUAUUCUAUAGCCCCAUGUAGCCUGGUUAAAAAAAAAAAGUCUGCUAACCUCAGUGCAAUGCAUGUAUUCAUUUCAUGAUGUAAAUAUUUAUAAUUUGUUCACUGAAUUAUCUGACUCAAAAUUCUACAGCUAAUGUAACUGAUUCCAAACAAUAAAAGUUUAGUUCAAAUGUGA